AUGAGAAGUUUUGAAGACGGUCGUACAUAUCCUCCUCCGAAAGGUUUGGGAGACGGUCGUGGAGGGGGUAUUAAUAAAGGUGGAAAAAAAGCUAUUAGUUACAAUGGAGAUAGAGGAGGCACGGGAGGUAGUAAUGAUGUAGGAGGCAUGAGAGGCAUGAGAGAUGGUGGUGAUAGAGGAGGCAUGAGAGAUGGUGGUGACAGAGGAGGCAUGAGAGAUGGUAGUAACAGAGGAAGCAUGAGAGAUGGUGGUGAUAGAGGAGGCAUGAGAGAUGGCAGUAACAGAGGAAGCAUGAGAGAUGGUGGUGACAGAGGAUGCAUGAGAGAUGGUAGUAAUAGAGGAAGCAUGAGAGAUGGUGGUGAGAGAGGAUGCAUGAGAGAUGGUAGUAAUAGAGGAAGCAUGAGAGAUGGUAAAGGAUCACAGAUGAGCUCUGCUAGCAGUGGCACAUUUCAUGACCCACAUGGACCGGAUACCAUCUUUGACCAGGAGGACUUUGCGUCUGAUGGGGAAAGCGCGGGGGAUAUUGUUAGGCGUGGGUCCAAUAUCCUACGUUCGCCUCCGGCUCAUCCUUCUGAGAGGAUAUGGAUCACACGACUCGGGCGAGGGUUUCAUGAAGAAUUUGUGCAUCGUCAGAUUGCAAGUAUAAUGAAAGAGUUUAUGGAUGAUGCUUGGCCUACAUGGAAAAAGGUCCCGUUGGAUGUUCGAAAGAAUAUGUUUAAUGCUUUUCGGGGGAUUUAUCAGUGGCCUGAGUCGGAAGAGGAUAAAAUCUUCGAAGGCUUCAAAAACGUCUUGAACCGUCGAUAUAGAGACAUUAUUAAUGGUGCUAGAAAGGCAUCUGCAUUUGCAGCCAAAAAUGUUGGUCAUGUCUUCCCAGCAGGGGAGACUUAUGACUUCUCAGUGAUGCGUGAUUUUCCGCCUACUUGGAUCACAUCUGACGUAUGGCAGGCUUUAUGCACGAUAUGGGACACUGAUACUUGGAGACAUAUAUCCAACAGUGGAAAGAGAAAUCGUAGCAGUAGUGUUAAUGGUUCCAUCUCGGUACAUACGGGUGGAUCGAUUACAACAGAACAACACCGCAAGAAGAUGAAGAAAGCAAAGGGGAAAGACCCUUUGUGGGGAGACGUUUUCAAGCAGACUCACCUUGAAAAGAGUGCAAAGGUGAAGUUGGCAUCGGGGGAGUUGAUUGGGAGCCAACCUGAACAUUGGGUUAAUGAGAAGUCUUGGACUGUAUUUGACAAAUAUGAGAAGGCAAUGUGUGAGAAAUAUGGCCCCGACCCUAGUCAACAUCCGUUGGGUGAUGUUGAAAUAUGGGAACAUUGUGUUGGCGGGAGAAAGAAGGGGCGACUUUGCGGGGUAGGAUCAUCAGAUCCGGGCAACGUCGUGUCGGGGACACCUUACGAGUGUGGCUCAUCAUCCCAUGAUCAUCAAAAGAAGAUAAAUGAAUUAGAGAGCAUGUUGGAACAAGAAGUGAAGAAACGGGAGGAAAUAGAAGCCAAAUUUGAUAAUGAGGUGAAGUUACGACAGGACAUGGAAAGCCGUCUUCUUGGAAAAAUGAAUGAUCUUUUGAAGCAAUUCACCGGAAGAUAA